CGGUCUGGCCUGUCGCGCACACCCAGACGCCACACACCCACAAACUCCCCUGGCGCGAGAUAACGAGAGCGGAAAACAGGAAAGCGGAAGAAGGCGAAAAGGAUUGGCGAAGGUGCUGGAACAAAAAUUAACAACGCUAGAAGGAUUAGCCCGCAGAGGGUGACAAGGGCGUAAAAUACGUGACACGCAGCGACGCGAGUAAACACACCACAAUCGUGGCCAGGGGUUAAGGGUCAGAGCACCAGACUGGGGACAAAGUAUUGCGGACAGAGCGAGAUUAACGCGUUCUGCUCUCUUUAGUCUGCCAUAAGGACGGGCACGUGCACAGGAUUAGAAACCCGCAACAGAGUCUUCACCCGAAGAUGGCCAACACACAGCUUACAGUGCGGUGGGCGGUGCUUUUGGCGGCGAUUGUGAUGCAUCUGGCCCAAAAGACCACUGGGAUCGACUGGAUGCAGAACUGCAGCUCUUGCCACUGCCACUGGAACUCGGGAAAGAAGAGCGCCGACUGCAGAAACAAGGCGCUGACCAAAAUACCACAGGACCUCAGCAACGAGAUGCAGGUUGUGGACUUCGCUUACAACCAGAUCGCGGAGCUGAGGCGGGAGGAGUUUCUGCUUGCCGGACUGCCUCAUGUCCAUAAGCUGUUCCUGCGCAACUGCACCAUCCAAGAGGUACACCGCGACGCCUUCAAGGGCUUACAAAUCCUUAUCGAGCUGGACAUGUCCUAUAACAACAUUCGCGAGCUUCGGCCGGGCACUUUUACGGGCCUCGAGAAGCUGCGCAAUGUGAUCAUCAAUAACAACGAGAUCGAGGUUCUGCCCAACAACCUGUUCGUCAACCUAAGCUUCCUCUCACGCAUUGAGUUUCGCAAUAACAGGCUGCACCAAGUGCAGCUGCACGUCUUCGCCGGCACGGUGGCACUCAGUGCCAUCUCCUUGGAGCAGAACCGGCUCACACACUUGCACAAGGACACGUUCAAGGAUCUUCAGAAGCUGAACCAUCUAUCGCUCCAAGGAAAUGCCUGGAACUGUAGCUGCGAGCUUCAGGAGUUCCGCGACUAUGCCAUUAGCAAGAGGUUAUACACGCCUCCCACCGACUGUCAGGAGCCGCAACAACUACGGGGCAAGCUAUGGAGCGAGGUUCCCUCUGAAAACUUCGCCUGCCGACCGCGCAUCCUGGGUUCUGUGCGCUCCUUCGUCGAGGCCAAUCACGACAACAUUACCUUGCCCUGCCGCAUUGUAGGCAGCCCACGUCCAAACAUCACCUGGGUGUACAACAAGCGUCCGUUGCACCACGACGCCCGUGUUCGCGUCCUUACCUCCGUGGAGCAGCCCUCCCAGGCAACUACUUCAGAGCUACGUAUCUUCGGCGUCCGUCCCUCCGAUAAGGGCGCCUAUACCUGCGUGGCGGAAAACAGGGGCGGCCGAGUUGAGGCCGAGUUUCAGCUUCUCGUCAGCGGGGACUACGUGGGCCCCGGGCCAGACUCCGACGGCAUGGGCCGCCUGGGGAUGGGCAUUGGCGGGGCGAUAGGGGCGCCGACCAACGAUCCGCAGACCAACGUCUUCCUCAUCAUCUGCCUGAUCACCACCACUGUUCUUCUGCUUCUCAUCGUGGUAGUCUUAACUCUCUUCUGGUAUUGCCGCAAGAUUAAGACUUACCAGAAGGAUACUACAAUCAUGAGCGGCGACGGUCUAAUCUCCGCAAAGCUCGAUAAGACACACAACGGCUCCAUGCUUGAAGGCUCCGUCAUCAUGGAAAUGCAGAAAAGCCUCCUUAACGAGGUCAAUCCCGUAGAGAAACCGCCGCGGCGCACGGACAUCGAGAGCAUCGACGGAGGCGAUGAUGGCCACGAGAUCAAGAAGACACUUCUCGACGAAACGGCCUACGCAGCCAAUCUUAUGCCGGACGAUGAAACCCACUCGGUGGCUCUGUCGGACACAACGACCACGCCCCGAACGCGGCACACCUAUGUGGACGACGCCUACGGAAACAGCCUGCCGCCGGACCUGCUGGCCUUCCCCGCUCGCGUUCCGCCCACGUCGCCUUCCAUGCAGUCCUCCCAGUCCAACAUUCCCGACCAGGUGAUCUAUGGCAUACGCUCUCCGCCAUCACUAACCAGCCCGGUUUACACCCACAUGACGCCGCACGGCAUCUACGGCACCACCACGCUGACAGGCCACGGCCCCUACAACGGCUUCAUGACGCUACAACACCCAAAGUCGCGCAACUUGGCGCUGAUUGCCACCGCCAACAGCAGUCGCCUCCAGCAACAGCAGCAACAGAACCUCCACCAACAGCUCCAGCAGCAGCAACAACAGCAACAGCACCCGAUGGCCGCCACCUCGCCUUUCUUGCCUGCCCCCGUCGUCUACAGCCCCGCCUCGACGGUAGUGAUGAAGCAGGGCUACAUGACUAUUCCGCGAAAGCCGCGCGCGCCCAGUUGGGCGCCCAGCACUUCGGGAGCUACCGGCCACACAGUCGGCCAACUGAGCGACUUCCAGAGUCCAACCUCGCCGAAUCCCAGCGAGACGGGCACGGCCACCACUGCGGAGCUGCAGGCGGAGCCUGUCUAUGACAAUCUGGGACUCCGCACCACCGCCGGCGGUAACUCAACGCUGAACUUGUCCAAAGUGUCUGGCGGGCAGGUCAGCCAGGGCGUGCAGCCACAGUACUCGAUGCGCGACCGUCCUCUGCCGGCCACGCCCAGUAUGUCGUCGGUUGCCUCGGCGGGCAACACCAGCAAGAUUUACGAGCCCAUUCACGAGCUAAUCCAGCAGCAAAAGCAGCAACAUCACAAGUACGCCUCGGACGUAGAGCCGUUGUAUGGCGGAAGGCAACAUGGCAUUACGAUACUGCCGGGAUCAAACAUCAGUGGGGCCGGUCUGGGACAGUCUGCUUCCUUCUCUCCGACCCGGGGGUGCUCCUCGCCCAUCAAUGGAGGCAGCCACGGAGGCGGCGACUCACCGAAAGUCGUCAAGAUUCCGCCGCGCCCACCGCCAAAGCCCAAGAAGAAGAUGUCAGUGACGACGACCCGCAGCGGCCUGGGCAGCACCAGCCAGCUGUUUGACGAUGAGGGCGAGGACGGAACCGAGGUUUAGUUUGGCACCGACGAGCAAGCUGCCACCUCCGGCUGCAGAUGCCUCUAGCAACAAUGGCAGAAGCAUCAGCAGCAUCAGUAAAAGCAACAGCAAUAGCAAUAGCAAUACCAGCUGCAAUAGCAACAGUGACAGCAGCAUCACGAAGCAAUAACACAAAGGAAAGUCAAGCCCCAGGGCAGGAGGUGAUCGAAUGCAGUGGAGCGAUGUUGCUGAUGGCAAAAGAAGCAGCUGAAGUUGCUGUUUCUUUUUGAGUUGCAGUGGCAGUUGCUGCUAAGUAAACACAGAGCCGGGAAGGAGCAGGAGCCUCUGCUCUGCCCCGUAAUUCGCGCCACUGCGCGCCACUUGUGUGCCAAACGACUGAUGUAGAUUUUAGUAAUUAAAUCGAUGAACAUGCGAGAAUGGAACGAACCACUAGCGAAGCAACCAUAAACCGCAGGAAAUGCAACAGCAGAUAGACAUGAACCCAACAGAACGGAAGACACUGUUUUGGUGCAAGAGUCCUCUAACCACACCAUCUAAUCCCAAUUUUAUAGAAUCGAAAAUCCAAUUGUAAAAACCCAAUUUUAGCAGAUAUACCACUCACCAUAUUUGUUUUUUUUAUUUAGGCUAGCUCGUUUUGGUACAAAAGGCAGCAAUGGUAUAUUAACAGACAUAUACAAAAAUAUAUAAACCUAAAUAUAUACAUAUAUAUAUACAAACGAAAAUACUUAUACAAGAUUAUAUUAUAUUAAAGAAAUAUUCAAUUAAAAGAGAGUUUAUUUAAAAAAAACGAGAUAACAAACGAAACAAAUCGAGCGAUAUAGAAAAUCCCACUUAAAUUUUUUUCAAAAUGUUGAAAUUUUUAUAAAGUUGUAAAUUAAAAAUGCAUACAGUUAGAACAAUUAAGCUAUAUAUAAUAUAUAUACAUAUAUGUAUACCUAAGCGUAAGUCAUCCAAUUAUAUCUCUAAUCGAUUUUUUUAAUGAAA